UGACGUCAUCAAAAAGGGUCGGUGGUUUGUUCAUGAGAGUGCAGAGCUAGUACUGUUACCAGGUCAGUGGCCGAGAUACUUCCCCUACUACUUGUCAAAUAAGAGCUGGGUGUUAGUCACUGCUGCUCGCUGCAGGACCAUUAGACACGCAUGUAACGUCGCACGUCACGUAUCUCCAUCUCCCUUGUUGCUGGAGCCGUGUGCAACGUCACUGCGCGUGCUGCGUUUUGAGGGAGCUAGCUAACGCUGAAUUCAGUUCACAGCGGUCCUGAUGUGGCGUCGCUUAUGAACACUGUCCGAUACAAGCGUCGCGUCUAGCACCUCUCCGUUAGACGAGCCCGCUGCUGUAGGGGACGAAGGGAGCGAGACACGGAGCCACAAGUCAGUGACAGCGUAACUAGGGAGCGCUAUACUGUGGGUUGAAGUGUAGGUAUACGGCAGAGAAGAUGAUGGAAGAGAGUGGCAUUGAGACGACACCUCCUGCCAGCCCUACGCCCAUGACUGCGGCAGUCAGUGCCCCGCCAAUGACCAGAGGUCUGUCCAGCCCUCUUUCCCUCCCUGGCACCAGCUCCAUCGAUUCCCCCUCGGUCUCCACCGCUCUCGCCCCUAUUCCCUUUGUCCCUGCUUUCAGCAGCCCCCUAGCCGCACACCCCUCUCUGUCCUCCCACUUCCCCCCUCCCUCCACCCACGCCUCCCCCUUCACGAGCAGCUCUCACUUUCCUCCUUCCACCGCCUCCUCUCUGCCUCCCCUGGCCUCCACCAUCGGACCGCCUCCUCUGUCGGCCCCUCCCUCGGGCCCACCCAUGUCCACCUUCUCCAUGAGUGCAGGAUAUGAUAUCACGCGGGGUCAUGCCGGUCGGACGCCACAGACUCCAUUGAUGCCAACAUUCUCCGGCCCUACCGCCAUGCCAGGUGUAGUGCCAAACCCCAUGGUGCAGCAGCCAGCCAUGAGCGGAGGAUUCGGUACGGGGUCUCCCAUCACGUUCCCCGAGGAACAGGAAGACCCCAGGGGGCCUGAACAAACCAACACUGGUGGAGGCUUCUGGGGCUUUUUCAAGGGAGUAGCCGGUAACCCGGUGGUGAAGACCGUCCUGGACAAAACCAAGUACUCAGUGGAGUCCAUGAUCACCACUCUGGACCCCGGCAUGGCUCCAUACAUCAAGUCCGGUGGGGACAUCGACAUAGUGGUGACCUCCAAUAAGGAGGUCAACGUGGAGGCGGUCAGAGACGCCUUCCAGGAGGUUUUUGGGAUGGCCUUGGUCACCGGAGAGCCCGGUCAGUCCAACAUCGCCCCGCAGCCUGUGGGCUAUGCAGCCGGGGUCAAGGGGGCUCAGGAGCGCAUCGACAGCCUGCGUCGAGUCGGUGUGAUCCACGAGAAGCAGCCAGUGGUCUCUCUGGAAAACUUCAUCGCUGAGCUCUUUCCCGACAAGUGGUUUGACAUCGGCUGUCUGAUCCUGGAGGACCCCGGUCACAGCGUCCGCAUUGAGGUCUUCACUCAGGCAACUCCUCUGGCUCUGGAUCAUGUCCAACAGGCCCAGUCCCUGACCCCUCCUGACUACAGCCUGCGCUGGUCCGGUCUCAUUGUUACAGUGGGCGAGGUCCUGGAGCGCAACGUGCCCAACAUCAACAGAACAGACUGGCACCAGGCCGUGACGGGCAUGACCCAGCGGCAAAUGAUCCAGAGUGCCGCCAAAGCUCUGGCUGGAAUGUACAAACAGCAGCUGCCGCCCAGGACUAUGUGAGGCCCAGUGGGUCCAGUGGCGUUCACGUACUGGGAGGACGGGGGGCGCCUGGAGGAAGAGACCAGCUGUUGGGACAGCGAGGUUCCUCGUGUCUCGCCAUGCAUCCUCCAUCUGUCCUGGCAGGGCAAAGCCAAAUGCGCAUUUCUUUUGAGGAUAUUAACGUUUCCGCUCCGAUGUUUCCUGACAUUCCAACAGGGUUAUGGCCGUUAAUAUCGAGUCCAUACUCGCCUCCUCAGGAUUCAGAGAACGAACUAGUUACCUCGUCACCCUCCUUAAAAGAUUACACGUCGUGUACACAUCAACCUUAACGCCCAUUGUGGCAAUAUCUAGUUUUCUUGUUUUGUUUAUUAACGCUUAUUAACGGUUAUUGUCGAGACUAUUACAUGGACUGUGUCCCGGUUGUGUUUUAUAUACUAAAGGUCAUCACAGAUCCAACAUACUACUAAUUCUACUUGGGUGAAAAGAGAGCCGAUCCAAAAUGUGGCCCGAACAGAGAGAACCUGAAAGCUCAGACGUGUAGAAACCCCCCUGACCCAAUAACUCUGAAUAUGAUGUUGGCCCAGGGAUACUGGCUUCUGAGUGCACCCGUGAAGUCCUCCACUACAUGUCGUACAACCCCGAUCACACAGAGACAAAACCUCCAUCGUUCAGCACGUCACCUUUUUCUAUCGCUUUUGUCUGUCGGCACCACUCGUCAAAGUUACACUUGGCUCAGGCAGCCUAUCAAAUCGAGCAAGAGGCGGGCUUUUCUACUUUGCCACUGCCUCCCUGUUUUGAGGCUGGUAGAUGUGUUUUUAUUUACAGUAACAUUAUAUAUAUUUUUCCCCUCAUUCAAUGGCAAUAGAUCAACGUCUGCUUAAAUCCUUUUAUUUGUAUUCACCCCCGAUUCUGUUGUGCCCGACACGCUUUCCCAAGGGGCGUCCUCCGUAGUGCCUGUUGCAACGCGUCUCCUGACACUGAACUCUACUUUGUACUAAAGUUCCAGGCAGUGAGCUUUGUGGCUCUUUGUAUUCAUGAAACUGUAACAGGAAAUGAUACAAGGUGUGUGCUCUUAUCCCAACUCUACUGCCAAUUUUCCAUUUCAAAACUUUUAAAGGGUGCAUACUAUGAACCAUGUUCUCGUGGUUGUGAACACGCAGGUGGGUAUCUGAAGUGCCAAGCAACCCACAGACUGAGAACACAACCCGGUCAGUAGGAUCCGGUAACAUGCGGCUCAAUAAGCCUCUCCGUCGGGGCUCCCCUGCCUGUCACAUGCACGCUCAUUAGAAUAUGGCGCCCCAUCCUGUGUCCUUAACCCCAAUGGAAGGAAGGCGGGGUUUUCUCUACUGACCAGCAGGGGUAGAUUGUAUGUAAAAAAUUAUAUAUAGAAUUAAAAAGUCCCCUUUAAAGAGACAGUAAAAAUGUUUCUACGGAUCUUCUUGUUUUUAUUUCCUAGUGUAAAUAACUUCUUUCUUUGUUUGAGGAGGCCAUGGCUAGAGGGCCCCUUUAAGCCCCCCUUGGUGAUCCUACGCUUAUUGCCUAUACCAAAUGUAUGUAAUAAUUUGCUCUGCGGUAAUUUGAUUAAACGCAAAUUGAUUUGUUAAUAUGUAAACUGUAAAAUAAUGAAAUGAAGGCAUCGAUUUAAAUCUAGAUUGGAGAUGCCCUGAGACUUGUUAUGAAGCACUUGUGCUGAAAGUGGUUUAUUGAUUUGGAGCUUUUGAUCUCAACUGGGAACCGGCGGUCUCUUCGUCAUUGGUGCUCUGCUUUCUGGUUCAUAACCCAACAUUGCUCUUUCUUGCUAUACUUAAUUUAGUCAUUCUUUCAGUGGUUUGGCACUGAAUUGGUAUGUAGUGUGUAACUGGCACACAGAUGGGAUGGUCUAUAUGUUUUAUGUAUUAGUUUUUAACAUUCGUUGAUUCUUGCUAGUUUUAAUUCAGACUAUUUGCACAUCAUUCCCAUUGUAUGUACGUAUGCACUCGUUGGGUAACGACACAUUUGGACUGGUGUAAUUACAGCAGGAUGAUAGCUGGCCUGUGAUUGGAUAAGACGGAUACUUUAAUGUGUGUCCUGCUCCUUCAGGCAGUUGGAGCCCUGACAGUGAAGUUUGAGUUGAAGAAGGUUUUUCUGUGGAUGUCGGUUCCCCUCAAUGUGCCUUUUUACACAACUCCAAUAAAUCCCUUUUUCAUGCUG